AUCUUUUUCCAAAUCUGUAACGAGCUUAGUCUCAUCGACCAACUGCAAGUGGCCGAUAAAAUGAGGACCAAAGGUGGGAUCUGGUCUGAGCAAGGUCCCACAGGCGGUUUCCUCGUGUUCCUAGCUAUUCUCAUCAUUACACCAGUUGAUCCCGUAUUUAUGCAGCAUAACGAUAGGUUUUUUAACAAGAUAACCUUCGGUAGCGAGAAUGACAAUUGCGUAAUCCCCGAGAAUAAGGAAAUGUUUCAUCGUAUAACCAGACCUUACAUGUACGUACCUAGAUAGUUCAAUAGAGCAAGACAUCUUACCUAGUUGAGUAGGUACCUAGAAUAAACAUGUACAUCGUAAAAGGCAUGUAGG